AUGAACCCCCCCGAGGAGCGCCCCAGCUGUCCUGCCCGCGGGAAGUGCCCCGUAUACCUGGCGGUGAGCUCAGGGACUGUUCGCUAUGCCCCGUCAGGUCUGGGCCCUGCCCUGGAGGGGAGCCUGGGAGAGGAGCCCCCGGACACAGACAGCUCGUCCAUGGAGAUCCGCGAGAAGGGCUCGGAGUUCCUGAAGGAGGAGCUGCACAAGGCCCAGAAGGAGCUGAAGCUGAAGGAUGAGGAGUGCGAGCGGCUGUGCAGGGUCCGGGAGCAGCUGGAGCGGGAGCUGGAGGAGCUGACAGCCAGCCUGUUCGAGGAAGCCCACAAGAUGGUGCGAGAAGCCAACACGAAGCAGGCGGCGUCGGAAAAGCAGCUGAAAGAGGCUCGGGGCAAGAUUGACAUGCUGCAGGCGGAGGUGACCGCCCUGAAGACACUGGUCAUCACGUCCACGCCCGCCUCUCCCAACCGCGAGCUGCACCCCCAGCUGCUGAGCCCCACCAAGGCUGGGCCCCGCAAGGGCCACCUGCGCCACAAGAGCACCAGCAGCGCCCUCUGCCCCCUCGCGUGCCCCGCGGCAGGUCACAUCCUCACCCCGGACAAGGAGGGCAGAGAGGUGGACACCACGCUGUUUGCGGAGUUCCAGGCCUGGCGGGAGUCGCCCACCUUGGACAAGGACAGCCCCUUCCUGGGGCGCGUGUACCGUGAGGACGUGGGGCCCUGCCUGGACUUCACGGCGCAGGAGCUCUCGGCGCUGGUGCGGGCCGCCGUGGAGGACAACACGCUCACCAUCGAGCCCGUGGCUUCGCACACGCCGCCCACGGUGAAGGCAGCCGCCGCUGGCUACGGCAGCACCAACACGUGUGCCCUGAGCGGGCUGGCCCGGGCCUGUCGCCACCGAAUCCGGCUCGGGGACUCCGAGAGCCACUACUACAUCUCACCGUCGUCCCGGGCCAGGAUAACUGCCGUGUGCAACUUCUUCACCUACAUCCGCUACAUCCAGCAAGGCCUGGUGCGGCAGGACGCAGAGCCCAUGUUCUGGGAGGUCACGAGGCUGCGGAAGGAGAUGUCGCUGGCCAAGCUGGGCUUCUUCCCCCAGGAGGCCUAG